AUGCCUUCCGAAAACUCUCCUCUUUUAUCAUUACCUGCCGAACUACGCUUGGAAGUGUACGCGCAUUUCUUCGCGCCGACAACGACAACAAGAACAGCAACAACCGCCAUUCUCCCGCCGCCCCUUGACAAGUCACCUUUAGCCUUGUCCCUCGCCUGCCGCCAGCUCUAUGACGAAACCCAUGCGCUUGCAUUCGCAGCGACGACAUUCCACACGCGGGCUUGGCGUCUCGCCGACCUCAAAGAGCUCCUGGUUCGCGUACGGCCCCCGUAUCGUCCACAUAUCACGAGCCUUAAGGUUCACGCCGGGGUGUACGACUUCCUCAAACAUCCACAGUCGCUUUCUGGGCUGCGGUUGGCAGCCGCGGGGCUCAGAGGCAUUCGCGAGAUCUAUGUACACUUGGAAGGAGAAGCCACUCAAGCUGAGUCUCGUGAGGGCCUCAUGAUUUGCAAUCUUGAGCUUCUUAUCCGGAAGACCAUAGCAUCUUGUGACAAUGAUGAACUGCAGAAGAUACACGUCGUUCAUCAAGGCAGAAUUUUCUGGAAUGGAGCCCCGGAGCUCUAUAAAAAAUACCGUGCACAGUUCUCUCAUCCAGAUCCACGCUUGAACCCAGGAAACUGCGAGGUCGAUAUGCUGCAGGGGAACCAAUUCAGAUUUGUGAAGAAGGGGAAGGACAGUAAAAUAGCAAAUAAGGUGACAGUGUGGAUGGAAGCAGUUACAUAUCCAAGCCAGGGUAAAGAUGCGUAG